ACGAUUUGUUUCCCGUUCUUGUUUCGAUAAUUCGUAUACAAAAUGGUCCAAAAGUACCACGCAUUUAUGUUCCCGUGGUUCGCUUUUGGUCAUAUGAUUCCAUACUUGCAUCUAGCAAACAAGUUAGCUGAGAAAGGUCAUAGGGUAACUUUCUUGCUGCCCAAGAAAGCUCAGAAACAGUUGGAACAUCACAACCUGUUCCCAGACAACAUCGUCUUUCAUCCAUUGCUUACUGGUUUACCGUUUCUUGUAGCGGUAACUCCACCAAAAGGAGCAAAGACGAUUCAAGAAGCGUUACCAGAAGGGUUUGAGGAGAGAGUGAAGGGUCGUGGAGUAGUUUGGGGAGAAUGGGUGCAUCAACCAUUGAUAUUGGCUCAUCCAUCAGUAGGCUGCUUUGUGAGCCAUUGUGGAUUUGGGUCAAUGUGGGAGUCUCUAAUGAGUGAUUGCCAAAUAGUCUUGCUUCCACUUUUGAGUGAUCAGAUCCUCAACACUAGAUUGAUGACUGAGGAGCUCGAGGUUUCGGUUGAAGUGCCAAGAGAAGAAACUGGAUGGUUCUCCAAGGAGAGCUUGAGUGCUGCUAUCAUUUCUGUGAUGGAUGAAGAUAGCGAGUUAGGGAAUCUGGUGAGGAGGAACCACUCCAAAUUGAAAGAGGUUUUGGUUAGUCCUGGAUUAUUAACCGGUUACACCGAUAAGUUUGUGGAAGCAUUGCAGGAUCUAGUCAACGAUACAAAUCUUGAAUGAAGUACUCUGCUUGUGAAGCAGCUGUUUCAAGUAAGGCAAUAAGUGACCAGACCGUGACGAACUUGUUUAUGUUGUUACUAUUUUUAUUUAUUUUUUUCAUUUCAUCAGCUCUUUAGCAAUAUGCUAAUCCUUGAUCUCUUUGAAAUCCUACUUCAAAAAUUAUUGGAUAUAAAAUAUACAAUCAUUUUGUCAAAAAAAAAAAAUCAUGUUGGUGGGAUUUCUAUUAGAAAAAAUAGUCAUAUGAACUAAUCUCAAUGUCUUUGAUAAUUUCAAAAACUUAAUCUUGUGUGAUACCUUUUGAUAAAUGGAUUCGCAAUGUUGUCACCUGACUUAAUGUAAUCUAAUAGUUUUAUAUUGUUUUUAAAAUAUGACAAGUUCUUCUUUUUUUUAGUACAGCCCUUUGUCUAUUACAGUGUACACAUGACUCUAAUUGGUAUUUACAGAAGUAAAAAGGUGGAAAAGGGAUGAAAUAAAAUAAGUGAUACUGAGAGUAAGGGAAAACAUAGUAGACACCAAAACAAUCAAAGAACCAUUAACAAAGAUAAUCAAACUGAUUAACAGAGAUUGAGAGCUUGGAUCAUGAGUAAGCAAGAUAAUUGACAAGGAUAUAUUAGUAUCUGAAUCAAGGUGU